ACUUUAGGUUCAGUAUGUAAAAUAUGGUAUUUUUAGCCACAUUUCUUUUUAGGGUUUAGUUCUCCUUUAAGUCUGAAACAAAGCAGUUGUUACAGUCUGACACAGUAUUUCCUAGAAAAGCUUCAAGUCAAGGAGCAUGCUCAGUAGGGGCGGAAAACUGCUGCUGAGAAAUGUAUAAGCUAACGGACCAAACAUUGAAUUCUUCAGAGCCUGGUGGUCAGCAUUCCUCAUACAAAGCAAAUAUGAGACCCCCAUUAGUUACUUCUAAAAUAAGUUUCUUUAUUCUUUGAGUAUGCAAGGGAAGUACUGGUGACAAAUCAGACACAGUUCCAGUGAGAAAUGUGGAAUUGUCUGGAGAGAGUGGAGAAAACUUACGGAAGAAUAUUAGGAAAGUAAGACUAAAAUAGCAACUGAAAUAACAGCCACAGCGGCCUGUGUAAAUAUUUGCACAGUAAGAUAACGAAUGAAAGACGUUGCAGGAAUUGAAGAUGAGUCCCACACAAAAUAAGUGGGGGGGAAAAUACUUGUUUAUUUAUUAAGGGAUACGUGAGCGCAAAUUUUGAAUGAAAAAAGGCUUUUGACUAUAAUUUUCUUUGGCUGAACAUGUGGAGCAGGAGCACUGUCAGUGUCUUUUAUUUCAGAUGAUGCUGUAGGCAUACAGGACACAGUGAUCAAGACAGACUGAAGAUCUACUGGUUAUAGUUGGUAGAUGGCACAUACACACAUAUAUAUAUAUAUUUAUAUAUAUACAGAUACAUAAAAGACAAGGUUUAAAACGACACAUUCAUCAGGUUUAACAGUCUGUCAAAGUGAAACUGCCUAAUAUUUUAGCUGAUCCAGAGGAAGGCAAAAUUUCCUAUAUAAUGCACUCGGGGUGGGGCUCAGUGUAACUUCUAUAGGGAAAUCAGAUCAGUCCCCUUUUUAUAAAGCUAAGCACAUUAUCCACAUGUACUCCAAGGCCAGUCUCCAUCGGGGAUUCACCAAGCGCCUGGGUGAGAAUGAGCUACCUCAGCGGGUGAAGGAUGAUGACACAUUCAAGCUUCUGCUUAGACAAGUGGAGAAACAGGUACAGAAGAUCGAGCAGAAAUACGAGAUGCAAGCAGAUAAGAUGAUGAGAGCAGCAGCAAAGGAUGUGCACAGGUUACGAGGGCAGAGCAGCAAGGAGCCUUUGGAGGUGCAGUCAUUCAGAGAGAAGAUGGCAUUUUUCACUCGGCCAAGAACGAACAUACCUACACUCACAGCAGAUGAUGUUUAAUAAUCACCAUAAAGUAUUUUAUGUUCUUUUUUUUCGGUUCUGAGCACCAUGGCAAAGGAAAUGCAGCCUGGUGAAGCUGAAAAUGUAAUUGUGUGGUGUAAUGAAGUUACAGAGUUUCAUGUCACUUAUUAUUUUGCAUUGCAAUAACCAGCAGAGUAACACUGGCUUGAGGUACGACAACACAAGUGGACAUUUUUAUUUUUAUCGUCGUGAUUACAAAACCAGCAUUCCUUUUCCACGUCUGUAUAGCUUGUAUAUUUAGAGCUGUAUUUUCAAAUGAACCAUUUCAGAUGUUGUGUGUGUGCAAAGUAUAACUUUUGUACAGUCCGCUUCAGAGAUUUGUAAUGCAAUAAAAUUCUAUUAAAAUGGGCUACUAGAAAAAAGGAAUAAUUCACGCAACUUUUUGGACAUUAACUAUUUUGUAUCGGAUGUUUUAGCAAAUUCGUGCUAUAUCAUAAAUGCUAAAUAGACAAUUUUAUGAUAUAAUACAGUUUGGAAUAUAUUUUGAAAUGCACUUACCACAUUGUGGCCCCCAUGGAAAGACAAAUGAAGAAAAAAAAUCAGUUACCGGUUCCUUAAAUUGGUCUAAAAUAUUAUGUGAUGAACAUUUUAGUGGUGCCUAGUUACGGUCAAAUGCAAUUUUUGGUAAUAAAAGCUUAUUUUCAA